UGGAGGAUGGAGAAACAACUAACGUUAAUUACCCAUGGCCUUAUUUGUCAUGUUCAUGUCUCUCAAAGAAACGACAAGUAAAGGUUACACUUUUGUAUGCAAUCUUUGCAAACCAAAGUUUAAAACGCUGUCUACGUCGAAGACCUCAAGCACAAAUUUAAGACGCACAUACAGAGACUGCAUCCAACUAAACUGAAUGAGUUACUGAGAAUGCAGCAACAAUUCAGUAAAAAGAUAACGACACCCUCCAUUCAAGAACAGAGUUCCUCAAGCUCAUCAAGACCAAUUCAGUAUUUCAUGAGGGAGGUGGCACCAGUUUCCCAGGAAAAAUUCAACAAGCUGGUUCUGAAUUUUGUUAUUCAGGGGCUUCAUCCCCUCAGUAUUGUUGAAAGGGCAGAAUUUAAAGAAUUAUUCAAGCAGGUACUGCCUUCAAGGCAUGUGAUGUCUAGAAAGACAUUAGUCAGAAUGCUAGAGGAUCAAUACAUUUCCAUGAAGACAGAUAUGUGUAAAGUUUUGUCUGAGCAGGAAUUUGUAGCAACAACCACAGAUGCAUGGUCUACAAAUCACAAGAGCUAUCUGGGAGUCACUGUCCAUUGGAUAGAUUCAGACACACUUACCGCCUCUUCCGGGGCUUUAGCUUGCCGAAGGAUCAAGGGAAGGCACACUUAUGACACUCUGGCAGAGAUGCUUGAAAGUGUCCACAUGGAAUUCAGCAUUCAAAACAAAGUUGUGUUAACCACUACAGACAACGGUUCAAAUUUUGUAAAAGCAUUUAGUGUGUUCGCAGCUGAAGAAAAAGUGACUGAAGAUGAUGAAGAAAAUGAUGAAGAGGCAGAUGUUGAGUUCACUGAUGUUGCAGCAUUUCUACAAGAGACCAAAAAGGAUGACUUCCACUUGCCAGCCCAUCAACGCUGUGCCUGCCAUUCUCUCCACUUGGUUGCAACCAAAGAUGCUGAGGCAGCUGUGGAAGAUUCUUCAUUUAAAAAGAUUUCAAGGGCAGCUUUCGCCAAAUGUCAAAGCCUUUGGAAUAAGCAGAGUAGAAGCACCAGAGCUUCUGACAACAUUAAAGACAGACUUUGAUGCAUGCUGGUUGUGCCUAAUGUAACACUUUGGAACUCUACAUAUAAUGCAAUGGAUCAUUUGAAAACUUGCAUUGAAGAGAAACCUCAG